UUGGCUUAUAUGCCGUCCCACGAAUAGACAUGCAAGUAUGAGUAUAUGCUAUGUAAGAUUAACCCCAAGUGAUCUAAAAAUGAAAUCAUAGAAUUUGUAGUUUAAUUUGUGGAAACAACGUUGUAAAAUUGCAAUGGUUGAUGGAAAAAAUGCAUCUGCACAACAUAUGUUGGUGGGAUUUAUUGUAGGCAUUUCAACAGUUAUGGCACUGGCCAUAUUGUUCUACCUCUUUUGGAAAAGGAUCAUUCCAUUUCUUAAGCAACCUAAGGCUUUGAAAGGAAAGGAGUAUAAAAGCUCGAAAUACGACAAAAUAUCUUUAAGGUGUUUUACUAUUGAGGAACUAGAGAGAGCUACCAAAAAUUUUAGUCAAGAUUGCUUAUUGGGUUCUGGUGCAUUUUGUAAUGUCUAUAAGGGAAUUUUUGAGUUAGAAGGAAUACUAGCCAUAAAGAGACCUCAUUCUGAAUCAUUCUUAAGUGUUGAGGAAUUUAGAAAUGAAGUUAGGCUUCUUUCAGCAGUAAAGCACAAGAAUCUUAUUGGUCUGGUUGGAUAUUGUGAAGAACCAGAACGAGAUGGAGCAAAAAUACUAGUUUAUGAAUAUGUACCAAAUGGUUCACUCUUGGAAUACAUGAUGGGAAACAGAAGGAGAAGCUUAACGUGGAAGCAAAGAAUAAACAUAGCAAUUGGAGCAGCUAAAGGCAUAGCUUAUUUGCAUGAAAAGGUGAAGCCAAGCAUAAUCCAUCGUGACAUCAAACCUAGUAACAUACUAUUAGGAGAAAGUUUUGAGGCCAAGGUUUCAGAUUUUGGGCUGGUAAAAUCAGGUCCUACUGGUGAUCAAUCACAUGUCAGUAGCCAAAUCAAAGGGACACCAGGGUACCUUGACCCUGCAUAUUGUUCAAGCUGCCAUUUGACCAAAUUUAGUGAUGUGUAUAGCUUUGGUGUCAUACUUUUGCAACUUAUUUCAGCUAGACCUGCAGUAGAUAAUGCUGAAAACCCAAGUAACCAACAUAUUAUUGAUUGGGCAAGACCUAGCAUAGAGAAAGGUAUCAUUGCAGAAAUCAUGGAUGCAAAUCUAUUUUGUCAGAGUGAGCCAUGCAAUAUGGAAGUUAUGUUAAAGGUGGGGCAACUUGGUAUAAGAUGUGUGGCUCAAGAACCAAAACAUCGCCCCACAAUGACCCAAGUCUGUAGAGAACUAGAACAUGCCCUCUACUCAGAUGAUAGCUUCACUAACAAGGAUUCAGAAACCCUUGGAUCGGUGCAACACUGUGAUUUUUCACAGGGAUUUGUGAGCAUAGAAGGUGUUCGACUUGAGAAAUUUCAUAUUGACAUGGACAGCUUCUCCUUCAAGAGCAUAAACUUAAGGUGCCUGGAAAAUAAUAGUAUUAGUAUUGACAUUGACAAGAACAAUUUGACAUGAAAUCAAUAGAAGUUAUGAUGUUUAAUGAAUUACAACUAGUUAAAUGUAUGUUUGUAUUGAAAUUGAAUUUGGAAAAAAUUCUCAGUGUGAAAACCAUGAUGGCUCCAUAA